GAAGUGACGCGAGGCGUAGCGGAAGUCGCUUCCUCUGUAGUGUUGUGCUGUGAGGUAGGUAGACGGGAUUGUAAACGCCGGAGCGAGAGAGGUUUUUGCCGCCCCGAGGCCGCUGCUGUGCGGAGACCCGGGGGAAGCCACCAUCGCCAUGUCUGAUCAGGAGGCAAAACCAUCAACUGAGGACUUGGGGGAUAAGAAGGAAGGCGAAUACAUUAAACUCAAAGUCAUUGGACAGGAUAGCAGUGAGAUUCACUUCAAAGUGAAAAUGACAACACAUCUCAAGAAACUCAAAGAAUCAUACUGUCAAAGACAGGGCGUUCCAAUGAAUUCACUCAGGUUUCUCUUUGAAGGUCAGAGAAUUGCUGAUAAUCAUACUCCAAAAGAAUUGGGAAUGGAGGAAGAAGAUGUGAUUGAAGUUUAUCAGGAACAAACAGGGGGUCAUUCAACGAUUUAGAUAUUCUUUUUAUUCUUUUUCUUUUCCCUCAAUCCUUUUUUAUUUUUAAAAAAUAGUUCUUUUGUAAUGUGGUGUUCAAAAUGGAAAUGAAAACUGGCAUCCCAUCUCUUUAAAACAUCCAGUAAUUUGAAUUCUAGUGCUCAUUAUUCAUUGUUUUCGUCGUGCUGAUUUUUUGGUGAUCAAACCUCAGUUUUCUUCACAUUGUCUUCUGCAUUUUAAAAAUUACAUGUGUGCACAGAGAGGCUGCAGAUUUCAGGACUGUGCAUUUUCAGGCUUGUGAUCGUAAGGUCGACCCGUGCGAUUGUUCCUGGUGGCCCUGAAGUUCGUGGCUUUUCAGGUGGCCCUGAAGUUCAAGCUUGUGAUUGCUUCACUCCUGGACUAUAACUUUCAGUGGGAGGUAGAAGUUUUUCAGAGAACUGAACUGUGGAAAAAUGACCUUUCCUUAACUUAAAGCUUAAAAUCUGAGGGUCUGGACCAAAAAGAAGAGAAACAUGAGCUUUCAUGUCCAGAUAAUAGACAUGGUGAGAGAUUGAUCAACUCCAAGGGUAGCUUCACUGAAGAGAAAGCAGUUUUAAGAUUUAAAAAAAUCUUGUCAGAAGAUCCCAGAAAAGUUAAUUUUCAUUCAAAAUUAAUAAAGUUACUCACGCAGAUGUAUGUAUAAUAGAACACUGCUCCUUUUGAUUUUGUUUGUACUUUCUGGCCUGGGAUAUGGGUUUUAAAUGGACAUGUGUGUACCAGCUUCAUUAAAAUAAACAAUAUUUGUAAAAACUGUAUUAAU